AUGAUUGCCCCUUCAGAGCCCGUCCCAUCCUCCAACUCUGCUGCAGCCCUAACCCAAUUCUUUCCCGGUGCGGACUUCAAGGAUGCUUUCGAUGAGAAGGUGAUCUUGAUUGUGGGUGGUGCCAAUGGCAUUGGAGCUAGCCUUGUUGAGCUCUGUUGCCAAAGCGGCGCUCAUGUCUGCAUUGGCGAUAUCGAUAUCGCCCGAGGAGAGGCCCUAAGCAAGAAAUGUCGGGACAAGUGGCCUGUCUACUGGGACCCUGCCCUUCCACCCAAGCCUCCCCGAACCUCCUUCUACACCGCCGACAUCACCGAUUACCAGGCUGUUGUCUCCCUCUUUGACCGUGCAUUCAAGACCUACAAGCGUAUUGAUCAUGUGGUUGUCACAGCGGGCAGCAUGGAGGCGGGCAACAAUUGGUUUGACCAAAAGUUGAGUCUGGAGUCGGUGCAAGAGCCUCCUUCUAUGAAGGAUAUCGACGUCAACCUCAUCGGUUCUCUCUAUGUCACCCGUAUUGCGAGUGUCUACCUCCGCCAUAACCGUGGACCAGGAGUGGAUCGAUCCAUUCUGUUGUUCUCCUGCGCUGCUGGCUUCAAGGAGACACCUGGCGUGUCUAUCUAUCAGGCCUCCAAGCACGGUGUGCAAGGCCUCAUGCGCUCUCUUCGCCCCUAUUUCCCAUCGCCAUACAAACACAACCUCCGUAUCAAUACCAUCUGCCCCUGGAUGACGGAGACCCGCACUAUCCUUACAAAAACAGUGCACGACCGCUGGACAAAGGAAGGCUUGCCCGUGAGCACCCCUCAGGAGGUAGCUCUCGUUUCUGCUGGCGUGUUGGCCAACGACUCUCUGAAUGGGACAUCCAUGUACGUGGAAGGGGGUCGUGCGUGGGAGAUCGAAGCCAAUAUCGAUCGCUUAGAGCCGGAGUGGCUGGGAGAGGAACCGUCCAAAACGCUGGCGUUGGGGCAGAAGGUUCUGAAUGACGCAUGGGCUGCGUAG